AAAAUGUCCUGCGAAUGUUAAAUGUUCAGAUUCACAGCCAGUUUAUUCUGUGAAAUAUCCUUUACUCUUUAUUUAUACAGUAAUCUUUUUUCUUUGGUUUUGUUAUUGUCUGACAAUGGCUGAUGAGAGCUGGAAGGUGAAUAAGUUCUGCCAUAGCAAAUCUUGGUAGCUCAGUGAGCAGUUCCUCACUAAAAGCAAUGGUCCCGAGUUCAAUUCUUAGUCUGGUGAACAGUUACAAUCUGCCAAGAAGUUUCACCAUUGUGACUAUCUGCCAUGUGAAGGACUACAUAUAUACAUCAAUUGAACUAAUGCAGGCUUUACUUGCAUAUGGCAGAAAACUACAAGAACUUCUGCAGUUACUGCUUGAUUUAAUUUUGAAAACGUAUCUAUAGCUUUGAUGUCACAUUGACCUUUUCAUGGAUCUCACACAAAAUUUUAUUGUUGAAAUAUGUGAUGGGUUAGGAAGCACCACCCUUAGAAGAUAAAUUAUGGAGGAAGAAACUCCUCUUUUGGUACCAUGUUCUAUCUGUGGUAGAACUUUCAAGCCAGAGUCAUUGGAAAAGCAUUACAAAGCAUGUGAAAGAAACAGCACAAAGAAGAGGAAAGUGUUUGAUUCAACAAUACAAAGAAUUCAGGGCACAGAUCUUGCUGAAUUUCUGCCAAAAAUUCUGACCAAUAAAAUUACUGAAAGAACAUCACCCAGAAAUAAACCAGAGAAGCUUACUGAGCACAACAAACCAGAGAGAAAGAAAACCCCUGAUAUAAAAUCAAAGAGUGGAAUUACCUCAGUGUCACCAAAACCACGCGACAGUGAGCAAUGCCCUCACUGUGAGAGAUCUUUCUGUCUUAAAGCCUUUGAGCGCCAUGUUGAAUGGUGCAAAGAUCGAAGAGCACCAGUGACACUGUCUCCAAAUACUUUGAAAGCCAAAGAAAUGUUGGAUGCCAGAUUGAAAUACACUGCACCAAAGUAUACUAAAAAUAAGAAGAAACAGGUUAAUGAGAAGCCUGGAACACAAUCAGAUAUCCAUGAAGAAAAGGAUAGUACACAUCACUCUGCUAAUGAAUUUGGUGUCGAAAAGGUGAAUGAUAUUGCAAGGUGCAAAUCUCAGCUAUCAAGGGCUAAGGGAAGUCUUAGUGCCCCAUCUUGUAAUUUAUCAAAGAGCUGUUCAUCUGAAGCUAGGCUAACAGAGGUAUCCCCACAAUUGGUUGGUAAAUCUGAACAACCAAGUAACUUACAUGAUGGAAAAGGGAGUUAUAGCGACACGAAAAGGUGUAUAAACACGGUUAAUAAUGAUAUAAGACAACAACUGGCAGAUGCAAGUAAUAAUACACCUUUUGGCUCAGGCACUACAGAAAGACGAGUGUUAUCACCAAAUGAUAGUGAAACUAGUAUGGAAAAUCAAGAAUAUUUCUCUGCAGAAAAUGUUGUAGCUGAGUCAUGUGGACAAGACAACAGUUUGAGUAUCACUCAGUCAUGCUAUUCAACCGAUUUCAGCCGUGAUUCUGACUGCUAUUCACAAUCUUCACCAUCUGUGCUUGAUGAAAAGGUCAGUUUAUCAAUGUGGUCCAGCAGACAAAGCAUAACCACCAAUAUUGGUGGCAUGAAAAGGGCCAAAUUUUGUCAUGAAUGUGGCUCUAAAUAUCCUAUUGAAAUGGCUAAGUUCUGUUGUGAAUGUGGAGAACAACGACUCAUCAUAAAAGAUUUGUCUCAUUCUAAGAUCUAGAUUACAACUUUUCUUAUAAAACAAGUUGGGAAAUUGCUGACCAGCAGAUAUAAAUGACUGAUUUUUGUGAAUACUAACAAUGCUAUCAUCUGUGUAAAUGUGAAUUUGUGCUUCUUUAGGGAUGUUAAUUGGUGAACAAGUUGCCAUAUGUUUUGGUAUUUUGAAUUUGUGUAUCAAUGAUUGACUUAAAUGAAAUGUCAUUGAAGAGUGUUAAUAAAUAGUUAUUGCUUAAUGUUUUA